AUGAAGCUGGCAGUAAUCGUUGUGACGACAUUGUUGGUGAUGGCAAUAAUGGCAGAAGGUGGAGACGUAUCAUAUGAUGGCAGGGCACUUUUGAUUGAUGGAACAAGGAGAAUUCUUUUUUCUGGAUCAAUUCAUUAUCCUCGAAGCACUCCUGAUAUGUGGCCAUCUCUAAUUGCCAAUGCCAAGUCAGGAGGUCUUGAUGUGGUACAAACUUAUGUCUUUUGGAACAUGCACGAGCCUAUUCAGGGACAGUAUAAUUUUGAAGGAAGAUAUGAUUUGGUGAGAUUCAUCAAGGAAAUAAGAGACCAAGGUUUGUUUGUUAGCCUGAGAAUUGGUCCCUUCAUUGAGGCAGAGUGGAAUUAUGGGGGUUUUCCAUUUUGGUUACAUGACAUACCCGGUAUAGUUUAUCGAAGUGAUAAUGAACCUUUCAAGAUGUACAUGCAAAGGUUUGUCUCAAAGAUAGUUCAGAUGAUGAAGGAUGAGAAUUUAUAUGCUUCUCAAGGAGGACCAAUCAUACUCUCUCAGAUUGAGAAUGAAUAUCAAACAAUUGAGCAUGCCUUCCAUGAGAAAGGCCCAGCUUAUGUGAAGUGGGCUGCAAAUAUGGCUGUGAACCUUCAAACUGGUGUCCCAUGGAUGAUGUGUAAACAAGAAGAUGCCCCUGAUCCAGUGAUUAAUACUUGCAAUGGUAUGAGAUGUGGUGAAACCUUUACAGGUCCUAAUUCACCAAAUAAGCCAUCAUUAUGGACGGAAAACUGGACAUCUUUCUACCAAGUGUAUGGAGAAGAGCCAUACAUAAGGUCGGUAGAAGAUAUUGCCUUUGCGGUUGCACUAUUUGUAGCUAAAAAGAAGGGGAGCUUUGUGAACUACUAUAUGUAUCAUGGAGGAACUAAUUUUGGAAAGUCUUCCUCUUCAUAUAUUAUCACAGCUUAUUAUGAUCAAGCUCCUUUAGAUGAAUAUGGUUUAAUAUGGCAACCAAAAUGGGCCCAUCUCAAGGAAUUACAUGCUGCAAUUAAGCUAAACUCUGAAGCAUUACUUGAUGGGAAAUAUAUCAGCUUCUCAAUUGGCCAAGCACAAGAGGCACAUGUUUUUCAAACAGAUACAGGAAAGUGUCUUGCCUUCCUCAUAAAUCAGGACUUAGUUCAUGAAGCCACUGUUCAAUUUCAGAAUAGUACAUAUGAAUUGCCUCAGAAGUCAAUAAGCAUCUUAUCUAACUGCAACAAUGUUGCCUUCAAUACGGCCAAGGUCAGUGCUCAAUAUGGCACAAGAUCAACAAAAACUGUAGAAAUUUUCAAUCAAGCAAGCAGAUGGAAAGUAGAAAUGGAAAAAAUUCCAACUUCUAAUUCUUCUACUUGGGUAGAAAAUGAACUUAUAGAACAAAUGGCAGCAACUAAAGAUUCGACGGAUUAUCUUUGGUAUCUAACCAGAUACAACAACACAUCAGGCAAUCAGAAUAACAUGAUUCAUGUCGAUUCAUUAGCUCAUGUGAUACAUGCUUUCGUAAAUAAUGAAUAUGUUGGAACUGUACACGGAAGUCAUGGCUCAAGGGAUGCUUUCCUUCUCAGCAAAGCCAUUUCACUGAACAAUGGACAGAAUGAUAUCUCAUUGUUGAGUGUCAUGGUUGGAUUACCAGAUUCUGGAGCAUAUCUAGAGCGCCGGGUUGCUGGUUUACAAAGAGUGAGGAUUUCGAACUCAAAAGACCAGUUCGAAGAUCUCAGUAACAAUCAGUGGACAUAUAAGGUUGGUUUGUCUGGAGAGAAGUCAAAUGUUUUCACAGAACAAGGAACAAAAGCUACAGAUUGGAAGACAGUUGAGAGUUUUCCUAGUCAGCCAUUAGUUUGGUACAUGACAAUAUUUGAUGCUCCCUUGAGUGAUGAACCAUUGGCACUCAACUUAAUUGGUAUGGGAAAAGGUGAAGUAUGGAUCAAUGGUCAAAGCAUUGGCCGCUACUGGAUCUCUUUUAAAACUCCUAAAGGAGUUCCAUCUCAAUCUUUGUAUCACGUUCCCCGUUCCUUUUUAAAAGCAUAUGGGAACCUUCUUGUUCUGUUUGAGGAAAUGGGAGGGAACCCUUCAACAAUAACAUUGGAAGCUAUUUCAGUUACUGGUAUAUGUGGAAGGGUGUCUGAAUCUUAUCCAAAAUCUAUUGUUUCACUGAACAAAUACCCAUCUGUUAAGCUUCACUGUCCCAAAGGUAAGGCCAUAUCAUCCAUAGAUUUUGCAAGCUAUGGAAGCCCUGUAGGUAAUUGUGAUUCCUACUUGGUGGGAAGCUGCCAUUCAGCAACAUCCAGAACGAUUGCAGAAAAGGCCUGCUUAGGUAGAAGUGGAUGCUCAAUUCCUGUAUCACCAAGGAAAUUUGGUCAUGAUCCUUGCCCAGGCACCUCCAAGUCCCUGCUCGUUGCUGCAAAAUGCCAAUGAUCACAAGAGAAACUUACAUCUAUCUUAUUUGGUGCCAAUACCUCACAGGGACAGAAUUGUUAACAAGACAGCAAAAGAAUUCAUCAAGCAUUGGUUGGUGCACAUAUCAAAAAAUUAAAGAUAUUUUCAUUUGAUGUAUCUAUUUUUUUUUCUUAUUAGAUAGAUUUUUUUAGUCUUUAUAUGGCUAGAAUGAAUACAAUAUGAAACAAUUAGAAGGUAGAUAUUCAUCAGUUUGCUUAGAAAGAAGCAGAAGCAUCUCACUGUCUUUGAAUCGCUUGUUCAUUCGGUUAUAAUAUUUAAUGUAUUUGCACAUCUCAUAAUGAAACAACUUGAAUUACAAUAACAAAAAGGGGGCAUGGUUAGAAAUAUUCACAUAUCAGAUGUUAAAAAUGUAUUCGAUGAUGCAUGAGGAAGGCAGCAAUAACAGUAAAGAGAUAGGUAUGUAAAAGAAGCAAAGCCCAUUACUUUUAACAAAGCUAUGGCUAACAGCACCUAACGCAUCCAGCCGCUCACUUAUAACAAACCAAAUGAUUCUCUAGCCUACACAUGUAAAGCUCUAUACUAAUACAUCUCUUUAUAUACACAAGGCAAUAUACAAACGUUAUAACAGUGAGUUUUACAUCAAUGCUGAUGUAUCUUACCCACGAUAAGUUGCCGAAGGUGAACCUUUCCCUCAGAGGAUCGCUAGAAUAGACCUGCAAGAGGGUUAGGAAAAACACAAUCCCAAUGGAAGAGCAGUCGCAGAAUAUAGUAUUUUCAUAUAUGCCUUUUGCGUUUGUGGGUAUAUAUGUCCUAUAGCACUACUAACUAACUUGCCAUUUAAAAUAGAGAAAUUAAAAAGCUAAAAGUAAACGUGCAUAACAAAAAGGGUAAAGAAACUAAAGUAGUGGAGUAGCAACAGUCUGCUGUUCACGUGGCUUAGGAUUAUCCCAUCAUGUUUCCCCUUCUUUAGAAGAGCUGGUCUCCGAGGAGGAUAAUUGA